AUGGAUUUGGUCAAUCACCUCACAGACAGACUUCUUUUUGCCGUCCCUAAAAAGGGCCGUCUCAAUGAACGCGCAAUCCAACUGCUCAAUGGCGCUGACAUUCAGUUCAAAAGAUCCCACCGCCUUGAUAUCGCUCUUUCUACAAAUAUGCCCGUUGCUCUCGUCUUCUUACCAGCCGCUGAUAUCCCCCGUUUCGUUGCUGAAGGAAAGUGUGCCCUCGGUAUCACAGGCUAUGACCAAGUCUGUGAAAGUGGUAUGGAUUGUGAUAUGUUACUUGAUUUAAGUUUUGGCAAGUGCAAAUUACAAGUCCAGGUCCCUGAAGAUGGUCCCUUUUCUGAACCUAAGCAACUCAUUGGAAAAUCUAUCGUCACCUCCUUUACAAAGCUUACCACGGAAUUCUUUGCCAAACUUGAGGCUGAACAAGCUGCUGCUGCUGCUGAAGGAUCUAAAACUUCUGAUGCCAAUGAUAACCGGAUAUCAACUUCAAACCUUAAAACUACCAUAAAAUAUGUUGGCGGCUCUGUCGAAGCUGCUGUCGCUCUUGGCGUUGCAGAUGCCAUUGUUGAUCUCGUCGAGUCAGGCGAAACCAUGCGUGCUGCUGGCCUCAAGCCUAUUGGUACUCUUCUCAAUACUUCUGCUUGGCUUUUACAAUCCAAGCAUGCUUCACAAGAAGAUCUUGAACGUGUUAAAAUCAUUCGUUCUCGUAUCGAAGGUGUUCUUGCUGCUUCCCGUUACGUUCUUUGCAAUUAUAAUGCACCAAGAAAUAAUCUCCCAGCACUCCUCAAAAUUACUCCAGGCCGUAGAGCCCCUACCAUCACCCAACUCGAGGAAGAUAACUGGGUCGCUGUUUCUAGUAUGGUUCUGCAAACAGAUAUUGCUCAAGUCAUGGAUAAGCUCGAGGCUAAUGGAGCUGAGGAUAUUUUGGUCUUUAACAUUUCCAAUUGCAGAGUCUAA